CUUCCGGCUCAUUGUAUUUUCGCGUUUCCGGAAAGAGUGGCGGGGGGAGGGGGGCGCGCGAGCGGCUCGCGUACUCUCGCGAGAGGCAGGAAAGAGCGCAGGGUUUGAAGCAUGGCGGACGACGUGGACCAGCAACAAACCACCAACACCGUAGAGGAGCCCCUGGAUCUCAUCAGGCUCAGCCUGGAUGAGCGAAUUUAUGUGAAAAUGAGGAAUGACAGAGAGCUUCGAGGCAGAUUACAUGCUUAUGAUCAGCAUUUAAAUAUGAUAUUGGGAGAUGUGGAAGAGACUGUGACUACCAUAGAAAUUGAUGAGGAAACCUAUGAGGAGAUAUAUAAAUCAACAAAACGGAAUAUUCCGAUGCUCUUUGUCCGGGGAGAUGGUGUUGUUCUAGUUGCCCCUCCAUUAAGAGUUGGCUGAAACAAAGAAUUUAUCGUGUUAUGGAAUAUAGGAGACUUUGUAUGAUUGCCUCUUUAAAUGUAGAAGACAUUCAAAAGAGAAACCUGCGUUAAUUUCGACAUUAAGAAAUGACCAAGGAUUCUUGCACUCCUGAAAUGAGUUGAUUUGCAGAUAACUCAAAAAUUCUUAAGCUAAAGAGUAUUUUUAUUUUUUCCAACCCUUUCAAUAAAUGUGAUCACCAAGAUGCAGAA